AAUGUCACCAAUGUCAUUGAGUUAAUUAGUCGUUCAUUUAUAUUUUUAGAUAUUUUUCGUUGUGAUAGACUUUAAAAAAUGCAGGAAAAUAAUAGAGACACAAAUAAAAAAGAAAGUGUUACUAGUACAUAUGCGGAUAUUUACCUUGUUGACGAUUAUUGCAAUUACGAAGAACCUGGUAAAGUCAAAAUGAAAAAUGUUAUAGGAAUAGAUAAUACUGAUUGGAUUUCCCCCAGUGAUUUACUUAUUGGAAUAGUUGAACUGAAGCCACCAUUUACCUCUAAAAUUACAAGAGGCAAAACACAUGAAGGUAUUUUAGGCAUUGGAAAUGACAUAUUAGAAAAAAAUAGAGCAGCAUUUGAAAAAAAAUUAACAAAGUUAAUUAACGACAACGAUAGCGGCUGGAUAGAUAUAUUGGAAACCGAAAAAAAGUUGGUUGAUACAAAAGUGCGAAAACUUUACGACGACAUAUUUGUUACAAAAAGCAAAAUCAUGAAUAAAGAAAUAUCUGAUUUUUAUGAGCAAUCUUUGCAAAAACUAGAAAAUAAUAUAAGAUCUCAAAUAGAAGAAUUACUUACGAGUGUCCAUGCGGGUAGCGUAAGUGACUUAAAUUUUCAAAUCGAGCAAAAAUUAAGCAAAGAGAGAAAAGUUUUGGAAGACACAUUAAAAAAGAGAUACUCGAAUGAAGUCCACAAAAUUGAGAGAUAUUACAAGCUUCUUUUAGGCAAUGAACUGCAAAGGCAUGAAAAAAUUAUAAAUAAUGCCUUACAUGAUAGAAAUAAUGCUUUGAAUGCAUUUUGUAAACAAAUGGAAGCAGAAAAUCUUACCAGCACAAUGUAUGUUAUGUGUACUGAAAGAAAGAAAUGUAAAAUAAAGCAAUUUCUUUUAGAAAAUUAUCAAACCACAGACAUAUCGGAAAAAGUGCAAAAGAUUAAAGAAAAAGAUAUUAUAUUAGAGAAAUUACAAGAUAGAGAUGUGAAAAUCAAUCUUAUAAACGAAGCUUGGGAAAACAAAAUAAAAAAAGUGUUACAACUAUUUUUAAAGUUUAUAAGUUUUAGUUUAAAGUUAUUACCAGAACAGACUACAUUUCUACUUGAUCUCGAGAAAAUGGUAGUUUUGCAGAUGAACGAAUUUCAAAAGAAGCCUCAAAACUUAACCUCCAUAUUGGUAGACAAAUGUGACAUCAACAAUUUAUUCCAGUUUGAAGAACCGAAACCUAAAACAGAAUUUUGUGUUAGCGAAUCCUUUGUAAUAGUGGGAGAUUUAAAUAAUCCAACACCACCAAAAUAUGGAAGUAGCGAAACUUUAGCUAGCGAUGUUGAUUUACCGUAUUUUAGGAUACAAAGGCAAUUUGUCUACGCAAAAUGUCAUAAAUACGAGGAGAUAAAAGCUGUUUUGGAUUCUCAAAUUUGUAAGUGUCAAGAAAUUAAUACUUUAUCUCAAUUUAAAGAUGAAAAUUUAAAUGUGCCUCUACCUUGCGUACUGCACAGCACGCCACCUGAAUGCAUUAGUAGUUUAUCUUCAAACGAACCUUUGUUGAUUGAUGACAUUCAGCGACUUCAUGAUUGUCCAGCAAGGAGAUGUCAAGAUUGGGCAAAAAAAUGCUCUUUUCCAGAUCUUUAUGCCUAUUUAGAUUUCAGUGACGAAAACUACGAAAGAGUAAAAACUAUCCUUGGUGUAUUAAAACCAACAGAAGCCCCACCCAAACUUAUAGAUCCAGUUCAGUUGGUGAAUGAAGAAUUACUGUUUUCUGUAACAAAAGAACGUUAUCAUACAGUGGAAACCCAAUAUUCUAGUCAGGAAGAUUUAAAUAAAGUUGAAGUUUCGUGUACAUGUGUAACUGGACGUCGACAAAAAGCUACAGCAUCGGGACAUAAAAUAAAAGAAACGUCAAGUGUAGACUUGCGAGAAAUACUUCAAAGACGUAAACAGUCACUACGAAAUUUAUUGCAGAAAAAUCCAAAUCUUCUCAAAAUAUUCACAGAUGAAUGUUUUGAUUUUGUGCUUUAAUUACAUAUUUCAUUUGUAAUUAAUUUCCAAAUCUAGCAUAAACUUAUUUUUAUAACUUUUACGACCUUUAAUAAAUUAUUUUUAUAUUUUUAUUUUUGUUUGUAAUUUUGAUAUUUUAUAAUAAUAUUGUCAUCGUAUUUUUUUUAUUUGAAGACUGUGUUGAUAGCUUCAUGAGUAUUCGUCCUUUUUAUCUAAAAUCUUAUAAAUUAUUGUGUAUUAUAAAAAUACAGUAACUCUUGGUGAUAAUGUACGUAAUAUUUUAUGUAUAAUUCAAUACGAAUUGAAAUACCCAUCAAAAUGUAAUGAAAAGAUUUAUUUGCUAUAAAUAGGGCAGAUAAGUUACAUCAGAUAAACUUAAACAGUGUGACACAGCGAUUCCAAGAUGAGACGUAAAGUGUUUAAUAAUUGAUUUAAAUUUUCUGUUCAGCUUUAAAUUUAUUAUCUAAUAUAGUGUUCCACAUGCGAGUGUAACGUGGCAUCUAUUUCCACAGGUGUAUGUAUAUGAACAACCCUGUUCCCGAGAUCGCAAAUGUUCGUACUCCUUCGUGGUUACCGCCAUACUCUAUUAAGUCUAUUCAUUUGUUCUAGUUUGUUGCACACACGUCGCACAUGUCGCACUAGUACCGUAGGUAAACAGACUAUGAAGCAAAAUGAUCACUUACCGUGAACAAAGUAUUUUGAUUAUCACCAACAAAACUAUAUUUUAAUACAAUAUUAAUUAAUAUGCAACAAAAAAAUCUAAUAUUAUGUGUUUUAUAUUCAUAUCCAUUUAUUGCAUCUUGUUGUAUACAUAAAAUUUGAUACAUAAAAAUAAUCUGUACUAGACAAUAGAUAAACAUAAACGUUACUACGAACCUGCAAUUUUGAAAAAUCCCCUUCAACAAUACAUAAUUCGAUUAUACUGCUUAUAUAAGUAUAGGAUAGUUUGAUCUUAUAUAUCCCAAAUAUACCACAAGCAAACUCCCCACAAAAAAACUAUUUAUACAAUUGUAUUUUUGUUGUCUUCCCUGUAACUCAUUCACAGCAAAAAGCAAUUAAAAUCUUCAUGUUGUUUUCGCGUUUACUGCACAAUAAUAUAAAUUACACCGUUAGCCAAGAAUAAUGUUGGGAUGGGUGAGGGUAACGCGUUGAGGUGAAUUUACACAGUCCCGUAACAAGUUAACUUAUUACGUCGUCACCGUCUCCUUGUCGCGUUAGUAGACGACUUAUGACAUUCCUGCACCGACUCCCGUGUUAAUCGACGAGCAUUUAUUGUUACCUCUUAUUUAAUUACUCGUCUACCGCUCCUUGAAUGUCAUAUGAACUGAAGUGAAUGUCAUUACUUCUCGUGUAAUGUUUAUAAUAUAGAAGGAAUUAUAUACUUUUGAUACAAACUCUAAACUAGGAAGGUAUUUUUACCUUCUCUGAUGACUGUCUGCGUUGCUUGAAACAUUGUUGAUAAAAUACUAAUAAAAAAAUAACUAUGUAUUUUUUAUUUGACGUGAAAUUAAUUAUAGUCAAAUGUAUUAUGUUUCUUUAAACAACGCAGGCUGACUAUAGUUGAUAUUACGUCAAAUACAUAGUCAAUGUAUCAAUUUAUGACAUAUGGUUCUAGUUCAAACAACUGAACCAUAAAAUUUUACUAUAAUUCAUUAUAACUUUGAUAUAAAAUUCACAUGUCCAGUGAGUUUGGAUUCGUGGAUGCUAAUCACUGCAGUUGCAACCAGAACAGUAUUAACUUCCACGGUCAUAGAUCGAUUACGUUAAACACUGUGCCAUCGGGCUCCUUGACACAAUAUUACACCAAUCCAUAUUAUCUAUCAAAAAGCAAGAUCUUCGUCACAAUUAUUAUUAAAAGGGAUCCGAAAUCCAAUGGGAGCGCCCGUCUGGGGGAGAGGGAGAAAGAAACUCCUCCUUAAAGAUGAUCACAGUAAAAUCCUAGACCUUUAUUCUGUAGGUGAGUAAGGGGCCAGGACUCUUUUGGUAUCGCAAGCGUCUAAAGGCUUUUUUGCCGAUUUGUUGCCAUAAAAACGAGUAUCUUUAAUAUUGUUAUCGAUACGUUAUGUCCAUCCAAAAAAAUCAAAAGCAUAUCCAUUAAAUUUCCAUACCAUAUUUUAUAGUUGGCUUUUAUACUUUUUGUCUAGUAAUAAUAAUAAUAAUUUAUUAAUAAAUGAUUUGGUUUACAAUAGUUAGUGGCAGGAGUCCCCUUUUAAGCAAAUCAAUGCUUGUGCCAGGCGACUCCGCUCCUCCAUUACACAUCCAUUUUUUAUGUAAAUUUCACAAACUUAAACAAUAUAUUUUUUUUUAUUCUAUUUAGAACUUAGAUAUAAGUUUGCCUAUGCAUGAAUACGUGUAUGUAUGUAUGUUUGAGCUUGAGCAUAUGUGUGUAUUUAAUAAGUCUUUGUGAGCGCAUGAUUGUUUUUGUGUGAACUUGAGUGUUAUAAUUUAAUAAAGGAAAUAUGUUUUAAUUGUCUGUGUUAUUUUAUCUGUUGCAAAAAUAAUUCUACUUUUUCAUAAUUCAGGGAUUCUAACCAAGUAUGUAUUAACUUUUUACAUUCAUUAUAUGGGAG